AAACCAAUAGAUGAUUCCAUGGCAGUUGGCAGUCCUGACAGCAAGCUGGCCCUGAUAGAUACGGAAGUGAGGAAGGGUGGGAGUUAUCUAUCUUCUCUGUUUUACAGACUACUUCAGCUUCUGCUGUUGCCAAUGCCUCAGCAACCACUGAAAGUUCAGAUAUCACCCUUCCUGUAACUAAUCAAACCAAGGAAGAGAUCUACAAAAUAGUGGUGGUGGUUCCAGCUAGAAAUUUUCACUCACAAUGGUGCAUGUUUCAAAUAGCAGUAUCCAGGGUAUGAACAUACUUUUCUCCUCCUGGGCCGUAGUCUUAACAGUGAUGGGAAUCACCUUAGAUAAAUGGGUUGAAUUGAUUUCAGAAGAUGAAAGAGCCAAGAUGAACCACAGUCCAUGGAUGAUGUGUUGCCCUGCUUUUUGGCCAGAAGGUGACCUGAAAGUGGUCAGGAUUAUGAUGAUGUCGAGCCUUGGCCUUUCCUUCCUACUUAACUUAAUCCUGGGUAUGAAAUUCACCUAUCUGAUUCCUCAAAAUAAAUAUAUACAACUCUUCACUACCAUCCUCGGUUUCUUCUCAGGUAUCUUUCUGCUCUGGGCACUCAUACUAUAUCACAAUAAGCUGAAGCAAGGUCAAUCCAUGCACUUCUCUAGUUAUAGGAUCACCUGGAUCAUGUAUACUGCUUACUUAAAUGUUUUCUUCUUGUCUGUCUGUGGAAUCCUCUCUCUCCUAGAGUGCAAGUUGUCUACCAGUAGCUGUACCUGCCUGAACAUCCAUAAAUCUGACAACGAAUGUAAGGAAUCUGAGAAUUCUAUCGAAGAUAUUUCAUUACCAGAACGCACUGCAAUGCCUCGUAGCAUUGUCCGUGCACACACUGUGAAUUCCCUAAACAAAAAAGUCCAAACACAUCGCGUAACCUGGGCUCUGUGAUUUGGCAAUCUAUUUCUUGCAGUAUAUGCUCAUCUUUAUGGAAAAAGCUUUGUGGGUGUGUGCUGUGUCUCCAACCAUGUUGUCUCUAUUUGGAAUUAUGGCUGGGGUUUGUAAAAAGAUCUGGAAGAUGGUUUUUUAAAAAAUCCUGGCCUGCUGAACAAAUAGUUUCUUCUGCAACAUUUGUUGUUAAUAUAAUAAAUAUUAUCAUAUAAAUAA